AUGAGCAACACGCCGAAUCAAAAGAAGAAUGAAAAGCCGUUCCCCGGCUUCAUGAAGAACCUCCGAAAGUUGAAGAACAAGAUCCGCGGCUCCCAGGACGACCUCAAGGAGAGUGAGGAACGCAAGGUAGGCGAUGAUGAAAAAAUUACAAAAAUAUGGUCAAAAUUCAUUGGGUUUGUUGAUUCAGAGUUUGAAAGAGCAUUUGGGAGAUUUUUUCGAAUUUUCAAGUUUUCGUGUCGGGACUCAGAAAUUUUAUUUUCUAGCGGAAUUUGGCAAAGGGACUCAAGAUUUAUCACAAGCCACAUUUACAACAAAGAAUUUGAGUUUAUAAGCUCUCUUGGAAGAUUUUUUCGGAUUUUCAAGUUUUCGCUUUGGGACCAGAAAAAAUUGUUUAGGACAAUAUUUUUUUCGACAUCUCUUCUUUAGCCGGAGCCUCAGAAAUCGGGACUAAAGAAGAAGAAUGUCAAGCAGCGGCAAGCACGGACCGUGUCCGCAACCCCGCCGGCCAACAGCCGCUACGACCAAAGGAGGGAAAGAGAGAAGGAAGAGGAAAGGAAAAGAGAAAACAGGAAAGAGAAAGAAAAAGAGAAGGAAAAUAUUCAACAGUCCAAAAUAAACAAAAAAACUAAAAUUGCGUAAGUUUAAGUACGGAAAUGGGUGAAAAGUUUUCGGACAUCAAAUGAUGUCAUGUGUAAUAUAAAUUUUGCGUGAGAAUUUGAAUGAAUUGUGCAAGAUGGCUUAAAAACAGCGACUACAGCUUUGCAAUUGUUAUUUGGACUUUUUGGAGCCGUUUUAGCAGCUUGUUGCAUAAUGCCACAAUUGGCGGGAAAUUCGAAAAUUUGAAUUUUUAACAAGAUUUUGAUUGCAAAAGGGAUAAAAUGAGAUAAAUACGAUAUAAUAAGGCAUUUACCGGUUACAAUGAUGGUUUUAAAAGUAUUUUGGCACCUGAAACAGAAUGCCAAACUUGGCGGGAAAUUCGAAAAUUUGAAUUUCAAACCAGAUUUGGUAGAUUACAAUGUAUUUUGGUCAUUUCUGAGGCGUUGUGGACCUUUACUUAACUUGGUAACCCAUAAAACAUGACGCCAAAUUUGCCGGGAAUUUAAAAAUUCGAAUUUUCAAACCCCGCUUUCAGCAGGAAGAAGGUGGCGGAGACCCCGAAAGAGGUUCCGGAGACCGUCACCGACAAGUUUAAUUUCAUUGGGGGCAUGCUGGCGAAAGAGGUGAGCGGAAUCCGCAAAGAAUUCAACGACUUCAAGGCCGAAGAUCGACUCAGAUUCCCGGUGGCCACAGUGUGUCAGGAACUAGAAAAUUUGCCGAAAAAUCGAUACAAGGUGAGAUUUUUUUCGAUUUGGAGUGCUUCUGAGACAAUUGGGAGUGCUUUUGACACGAUUUGGAAGCUUUUUAUAGAAUUGAAGUUUUCGUGUCGGGACAAAAAAAUUUUUUUUGAAGUGUGGUGGAUUUUGAAGAUACUUGGGGAAAAUUGAGAGAAGAGUUUUUUAAGAGUUAUUUCCAAUUUUCAGCUCGUAAUUUGCAUAGAUCAUCGAGAUUUUUGAUGGAAAAAAAUUGAAAAACUUCAAAUUUUUUUGCGAUUUUUGGACCGGAAAAUUGGUGUUUUGUUUGACGUGGUGAGUACAAUGUCUCUGCAAAAAAUUAUUUUUUUUUCCGAUAUAAUUCGAAAAGAUAUAGCAAAAAAAGUAUUUUUGACUCUCCUCAUUUUCCAUAGUCUCUCGUUGAGAAAAUUGUUGGAUUUCUCGGCUCCCUGAGAAAACUACGUCCUAAAACUUUUAGAAAUCAGUAGUUGACCCGUUGAGACUCACUCUGCAAAAUUUCAAGUCAUUGGAGGCAGUUGGGAUACUGUAAUUUGCACUUUUUUCCAGAACAUUCUCUGUCUGGACGCGUCGCGCGUCAGACUGUCGGAUGGGGGCUACUAUCACGCGAAUGCGGUGGAUUCGCGUUUUAUUCUGGCGCAGUCGCCGUUGCCCAACACUGUGGAGCAUUUUUGGGACCUGGUUCAGGCGGAAGCUGUCGAGGCGGUCAGUUUAUAUUGUUUUAGUCAUCAAUUUUGAAGUUUUUUUAAAAAAUUAGAUUUUUUGGAUUUUUUUUUUAAUUUUCAGAUUGUCCAAUUGUAUCCAUGUGAUGAUGGAAAGCGAUGCGCUAAAUAUUAUCCGCCGCAAGUUGGAGAAAGCGCCGAUUUUGGGGCUUUUAAGGUCAUGAAUUCUAAGGUAGGUAAAAUAGAUUGCUCCUGCCGAAAUAAAGCUUAUUUUUUUGUAAAAUUUGGCGAGUUACUGACAAAAAAUCUCAUUUUUUAGAUCGACCCCAGCCCUGUGGACGAGCCCACCCUCCUUUUCAGCCAUCUCAAAGUUCAAGGCCCUAAGGGCGAGAUGAAAAUCAAGCAUGUGUUCUGGUCCGGCUUCCCUCCAACCGGCUUCCCCGAGCCUUCGAACACAAUCCCGUACAUUUGGAAGGAAAUCAAGGGCUUCAAGAAGGUCCUGGUCCAUUGCAGCUCGGGCGCAGGUCGCAGCGCGGUGGUGGUGCUGACCUGCCAAAUGCUCGAACGAAUCCAUCAGACGGUGGAGAUGGAUGCGAUAAAAAUGUUGAAGGAGCUCCGAGAGAAGCGUCAUUGCGCCAUCCGCAAUGAAAUGGUGGGUUUGGAGGGGAGUGGUGACAUUGGUUUAUGUUGUACUUGGGAGCUGAUGGGAAAAGUGGGAUAUUGGCUGGAUUUCAUUCUUAAAAUGUCUCCAUGGUUUACUGAAUAAAAAUACAGUAAUCUGAGAUCAUGAUAUAGCGGUUUUCGUCAUCAAAAAAUCGAUUUUUUAAGCUGAUAUGACCUUAUAUUACUUUAGGCAUCAGUUGAUGGAAAAAGUGGAAUAUUAGCUGGAUUUAAUUCUUAAAAUGUCACCAGGGUUUACUGAAUAAAAAUACAGUAAUCUGAGAUCAUGAUGUAGCGGUUUUAGUCAUUAAAAAAUCGAUUUUUUAAGCCGAUAUGACCUGAUAUUACUUUAAGCAUCACCUGAUGGGAAAAGUGGAAUAUUGGCAAAAUUGGGUUCUAAUUAACUUUUGAGCAUACUAGUUAUAAAGAAUAUUUAACAAUGAGGCUAAUAGACGAAUUUUUAAACGAAUUGUUGUCAUUUUUUGGUCGAUAUUACCUUAUAUUACUUUAGGUACCGGCUGGUGGCAAAAGUCGAGUAUUGGUCAAAUAAGAUAGUAAACUGAUGUCUAUGUAGUCUAUAUGCAAAAAAUAAUUGUUAGGAAACUUUAAUAUGCCUAUUUUUUGGGUGCUGAGGACGUUUUUAGGUCGAUAUGACCUUAUAUUACUUUAGUCAUCAGCUGGAUGGAAAGUGGAAUAUUGACCAAAAUAGGUGGUGAAUUGAUGUCUAGACAGAUGGAAGGUAAAGUGUAUGCUAUAGGAAGCGUAAAACCACUUGAUUUUGAACAAAUGGCUAUCAUGUUUGGGUUGAUUUUACCUUAUACUACUUUAGUUAUCAGCUGAUGGGAAAAGUGGAAUAUUAGCUGGAUUUCAUUCUUAAAAUGUCUCCAUGGUUAACUGAAUAAAAAUACAGUAAUCUGAGAUCAUGAUAUAGCAGUUUUAGUCAUUAAAAAUCGAUUUUUUAAGCCGAUAUGACCUUAUAUUACUUUAGGCAUCAGCUGAUGGGAAAAGUGGAAUAUUUGCUAGACUGAUGGUACGGCAUAACUCUAGAUUCAUUAUUAGUGAUAAUUAUGAAGAUUAGAGCCUUGUUCAACUAGCUUCGAAGGCAUUGCUUGCCUUUUUUUGCAAGAAAUCACUUGAUAUUAACUUUAGUCAUCAAGUGUAAUAUUUACCCCAAAUUUUUUUGUUUUUUACACGCCUUUUAUUUUCAGCAGUAUGUGUACGUGAUGCGCAUCAUCCUCUUCUACUUUAUGAAGUACAAUGCGGUGGAGAUGUCGCAGAAUUUGCUGAUUUUCCUCGACGAUUACGACGCCUAUGAUAAAAAGUACGGAAAGGAAGAGAAGGAAAGGAAAGAAAAGAGUCCCAAUCCACCGCCUACGGACCCCACUGAUGAAUUUCAGAACUUUAUUUGA